AUGUCAUCAUGCCUUUCUCUUGGUGAUUAUUGCGAUGGAAGAGUUAGAGCCACUCCCACACCACGCAGCUUCGAUGCUUAUUCCUCCACGUCCUCAUUUCAUCGCACUCAACUAUCCACUCUCACUUCCCCCAGUACCAUUAACCCAUUCCACCCUUUCAUUCCUCUCAAUUUUACCACUCCCUUUGUCUCACAAUUGUUAUUUCGUCUUCUUCGCCACCUUCAUUUGUGCUUCUCCUCUAAUCCCAUUCGUGUAUGCACCUCAAUCCUUACCGUCCACAAUGCUGGAUGUGUCCACUCCCAACCUCCUACUUCUCACCUCCACCACCGUCUUCUGCUUCUGCCUUUGCCACUCACUUCAGCUUGCAUCCCCUUGCCAUCUCCCAACGGCCUCUGUCUGUGGGCGUUGCAACAGGAUGGUGAUGCUGGUGGUGGAGAGGGCGCAUGCAAUGUGAAGGCUUAA